GAAGAGGGCACAGCAGGGGUGAACUGUGUGGACCACUAUUACCCUUUCCUGUGAGAUGGCGCUGCAAAUCCCCAGACGCCUCCCUACAGCAGCUGUGGUGGUGAUGCUGAUGGUGCUGAGCAGCCCAGGGACCCGGGGCAGAGACUCCCCAAGGGACGCCGUGUACCAGUUCAAGGGCCUGUGCUACUUCACCAACGGGACGCAGCGCAUCCGUAGUGUGACCAGAUACAUCUACAACCGCGAGGAGUACGUGCGCUUCGACAGCGACGUGGACAAGUACUUCGCGGUGACCGAGCUGGGGCGGCCGGACGCCGACUACUGGAACAGCCAGCAGGACAUCGUGGAGCGGACGCGCGCCGAGCUGGACACGGUCUGCAGACACAACUACGAGCUGACCGAGGUCCCCACCUCCCUGAGCCGGCUCGAGCAGCCCAAGGUGACCAUUUCCCCAUCCAAGACAGAGGCUCUCAACCACCACAACCUGCUGGUCUGCUCGGUGACAGAUUUCUACCCAGGCCAGAUCAAAGUGCGGUGGUUCCGGAAUGGCCAGGAACAGACAGUUGGCGUCGUGUCCACACCCCUCAUCAGGAAUGGCGACUGGACCUUCCAGAUCCUGGUGAUGCUGGAGAUGACCCCUCAGCGUGGAGAUGUCUACACCUGCCACGUGGAGCACCCCAGCCUGCAGAGCCCCGUCACCGUGGAGUGGAGGGCACAGUCUGAAUCUGCACAGAGCAAGAUGCUGAGUGGCAUUGGGGGCUUCGUGCUGGGGCUGAUCUUCCUUGGGUUGGGUGUUUACAUCCGUCACAGGAGUCAGAAAGGAACUCGUGGGCCUCCACCAGCAGGGCUCUUGCACUGAUUCAUGGGAGUAUUUCGGCUGAAUUGCUCUCACUCUUCUGAAAGGCCUGCUUGUCCCUGCCGACUCCCCAGUCUGUUCAGCCUGCCUGUUUCCCUCUGAAGUCAAGCUCCUCAGUGGCUCCAGUGCAGCUGCCAGGUCACCUCCCAAGGCUCUGGCUGUGACUCUGCUCCUCACCUGACCCCAGAGCCUCUGUCCAUGCCCUGCAGCAGCAUCUGCAGAGACCCCCCAAAGCCUGUCUCUGUUCCCAUUGUCUUCCCAGACUGCUGAAGAACAUUCCCACCUGGAGAGCUUUGUUCAUAAUUAAACACAAUCUGAGUUAUCUGUA